GAGUACACACAGCAUUGCCAGCGGCGGUGUGUUGCAGAGCGCCCCUGGGACCAUGAGGCGAGUGAGGCAAACCGCCAACGCGGUGGCGAAUCCAAUCGGCCGGGCAUUAGCGGGGAAGUCGUGUCCGUACAACCGUCUUGUGGAAUCAAAAACAACGGAGAGAGGGGCAGCAGCUGCUUGGCGCAGAGAUCUACAUCGUCCGCCGCCGUUGCCCAGGGGUGGUGGGCUCGGCGAGAGCUCGCGUCUCCUGUCUGCACAAUACCGUGUGCGGCCUUUACCGCUGCGUUCAUCCCAGCAGCACGGCGCAUUUGGCUCCGAGGAAAUGAAACGGAACAAAAUUUCCGCCGCAGCGGCGGCGGGAUUAUCUCCUACCAGUUGCAACCCGCAGCGACACCUAGCCGGUACCGCGUGGGGAAGAACCAGCAGAGGCCUUUCCGAUGCGGGAAGAGGGGAUGCGGAAGCCGGAAAGUCUGCCGACGGAGCACCACCAAGAGGGGGAGGGAAAAACGACGGGGGCUCCGUAGGGAGCGGGGGGGGUAAUACCUCGGGAAUGAUAAAAGAGCGAGGGUGGGCGGCCGCGGCGGCGACAGGCGGGGACUCCGCGGCAAGGCGGGCUGGCAACGGAGGAAGAGGGGCCGGGGCGACGGGCGGGGGAUCUGCCGACGGGGGCUCCGCAGGAUCUGGAGCAGCAGGGGUUGUGGGGGAUCUGCCGUAUCAGGUUUCAGAGCUCUACGCCGAAAUGGAGCGUAAUUUAAUGUCCAGGAUGCACGCGCAGGACAAGAACCGAUUUCGUGCUGUGGGCCUCUCCAGCCUGCUUAUCUUGAUCUGGGUACUGAGCAUGUUCGGGACGGAGAUCAGGCGGUAUUUCGCGAGCCAGACGGCGGAGGUGGCAAGAGAAACCCUGAAAGUCGAAGCACUGCAGGUGCAGACGCAAGAGCUGGCAACUGCGUUGGUACAGGCCCUUCUUAACGACCAGGAGGUGGUGAGAGCCGGCGCUCUCUUUCUGAGGGAGGCAUCUGCAAACUCGGAGACUCAGGCGGCCUUGGUUAGCCUCGCCCUGUACGUCCUGCAGCACCCCGAUACCCGAGCGGAAACCAAAGUGCUGGCGAAGAAGCUUGUCAAGGCUAUCCUAGAUGAUCCGGACACAGUGUUACAGGUGACGGAUAUGGCCCUGAAGGUUAUCAGAAAUCCGCAGUUCCGACAAGGCGCAUCGGAGCUCGUCGUAGCUCUCGGACAAAGCGAAGAGGUGUAUGGUGCCGUGGUCGAUCUUGCCUCGAGGGUCAUACAGGACCCCCAGGUGCAGGCUACCCUCAGCACGGUCCUGUCUGCUUCCUCCCGUGAGGUUCUGCAAGACCAGGUCGUCUUCGACCACUCGAAGGUCUUCGUGGCUCAGGUCAUGGGGGACGAUGCGGUUCAGCGUAGUGGCGGCGAUGCGCUAUGGAGCAGCGUGCAGUACGCACUCCAGACCAGGCUCUUCAAGGCUACCGGUAUCUGUCUCCUAGCCGCAGGGUCUGCGGUCCUGCUUUCGGGAAGGGGGGGCGGCGGGCGCGACGGGGGUUGGGGGUGGCGCGAUAGUGGUUGGGGAGCGGGGGGGGGCAGCGUCGACGGGGGCGGCAAAUAACGACGGCAGUACCAAGCGAGUCAGCGGCACCAAGAGCACGUCGAGUAGUUGUGAUUUCUGGUAGACCGUGCAGUCCACACCGACAGGAGGUUUGCCGCGUUGUGGCCUCACUUCUUUUUCGCGGCACCGUCGUUUGAACCCCUUGCAGGCCUGACACGGGUCACAUUUCAAGAAGGAAUCCCCAAUGAAAUCGAAGCUUUAUUGAAUUAUGGAGUCCUUCGUUAGCUUCGGCUAGUCUUUGCGUAGAAGGCUUCGUUUCACAGGGGUAUAUCCCCCGGCGUCGGAGAUGUGGCGUCCGAGAACCUAGUAUUCCACCCAUCAGCGGCGCCGGGAAGCAGGUAGAAACCCUUCCAGGGAUCCGUGCCAGUUCAAGGAAAUGGCUGCAUUCCAUCGUCGGAUGAGCGGUUUGCGUAGGAUUCAACUCGCAAGGAACACGCCUAUUUGCAAGGCUCAGCGCCUUGGCGUGUCUGAACGAUUUUCCACCAGGCGAUCGCCAUCGUCGUGGCGCUGGUAAAACUCAGUCUCUUUCGCCAUUUCCAGUUUUGCUUCUAAAAUGUCAAUUUUGCUACUUCAGGU